GAGACGCUCAAGUUUGUCUGAAGUUGUGAAAAGUUGUCAACCCGAAAAAGACUCGAGAAACUCCUCCCGUCUUCACAUUAUGAGCAAUCAGCAGCAGCAGGGGGAAAUGGCCGCUGCGGAGAGCGGCGCAGGCUUCAGCCACAAACCAAACUCUCAGGAUUCACAGCAGCCAUCUCCUCUGGCCUUGUUAGCUGCAACAUGCAGUCGACUCGAUAACCCUGGUGAAAAUGAUUCUGCUGAUGAACAGCAAAACCAACAACAACUUGACAUGAAUGCUGAAGUUUUUACCCCCAGUGCUAACGGUUGGCAAGUUAUUCCAUUGAGUGUUCAGGGCUCUUCAGGCUCCAGCACUGUUACCACUGACUCAGUGGUUGGAGAUUCAGGCAAGACCAGGCAGGGCCUGUCCUCAGUCACUGUUAGCACUCCGGCACAGCCAGCUCAGCAGCAGUAUGUGGUGGCACAGGCUCCAUCAGUGCAGGGUCAGCAGAUCCUCACCACAUUAUCAGGGGUUAUGCCUAACAUUCAGUAUCAGGUAAUUCCGCAAUUUCAAACUGUAGAUGGUCAGCCACUACAGUUCACACAGGCUCAGCAGGAUCCUGCUGUAUCUGCUGCCACUGCAGCAGCACCACAGUUUCAGAUUGUGUCAUCUAAUGGACAACAGAUUAUAGCUGCAACCAACAGAGCCGGAGGAGCUGGGAACAUUAUAACAAUGCCCAGCCUGAUUCAGGGAGCGAUCCCAAUACAGAACAUAAGCCUGGGUAACAGUGUUUUACAAAAUCCAGCCCAGUUUUUGGCAAAUAUGCCAGUCUCUUUGAAUGGAAACAUUACCAUCUUGCCUCUUAGUGCUGGGACAACUGGGGGUGGAGAUGUUAAUAGUGGAGGAGAUGCAGAGGGAAAUCAACUUCUGCAACAGCAGCAGACACAACAGUCAGUGUCUAACAGCGGUGCAGCAUUCAUGACUAGUGCCUCCACAGCUACUACACAGACCACAUCUGCUUAUGGAAUAACCCAAACACACAACACCAGUGCAUUUCAGCAGAAUGCAGCAGAAGGACAACAACCUCAACAGAUUGUGAUUCAGCCCCAGCAGGUUAUCCAAGGUCCAACAUCUCUUCAAACCAUCCAGGCUAGUGCAGUGCCCAAUGCAGCUAACCCGGUGUUUGCUACACCCACUCUUACCCAGGAAGGACUUCAAAACCUUCAAAUUAUGCCAAACACAGGCCCCAUCCUUCUUCGCACUGUUGGCCCUAAUGGGCAGGUCAGCUGGCAGACCAUUCAAAUUCAAAGUCCUACCGGAGCCCAGAUCACACUGGCCCCAGUGCAGUCCAUCCCCCAGCUGGGCCAGACCCAGGCAUCUGCCUCACCCACAGCCGGAGUAUCAGUAAACGCUGUCCAAAUCCCAGGCAUUCAAACCAUAAAUCUCAACUCUCUUGGAAACUCUGGGCUGCAGAUGCACCAACUACAAAGUCUCCCUAUCACCAUUGCAAGUCAGCCAGGUGAGCAGUCACUGCACAGUGGAGAUGUUCUGAAUGACAGCACUGUUGUGGAUGAAGUAGAUUCUCCACCACAAGGCCGACGCAACAGAAGAGAAGCCUGUACCUGCCCUUUUUGCAAAGAUGGAGAUAGCCGGGACCCAUCUAAAAAGAAGCAGCAUAUUUGUCACAUUGUUGGGUGUGGAAAGAUCUAUGGCAAGACAUCUCACCUCAGGGCUCACCUCCGCUGGCACACAGGAGAGCGGCCUUUUGCCUGCAGCUGGUCUUUCUGUGGCAAACGCUUCACGCGCUCAGAUGAGCUUCAGCGCCACAGAAGAACACACACAGGUGAAAAAAGGUUUGCUUGCCCAGAAUGUCCAAAACGCUUCAUGCGUAGUGACCACUUGUCAAAGCACAUCAAGACCCACUUAAAUAAGAAAAUUCCCUCGAAUAGCUCUGUAGUGUCUGAGUCCACCGAUGCAGCGUCUCCCGCAGCAGGGUCUGAGGCGGGCUCUGGAGCUGUGGCAGCGGGGGAUCACACCAUCGUCACCAUGGAGACUCUGUCAGCGGAGAGCAUAGCGCGAUUAGCCAGCAAUGGCAUCAAUAUGAUUAAUCUGCACCAGCUUAAUGGAAACAGCUACUGAGACUGUUGAGACAGGAAAAAUUGGACAUAAGGGUGAAUCCUUGCAAACGUCAAACAAAAGCUUGAUGGCAAUGCAACACUGGCACUCGUUUUAUGGACACUGCUUUUGACUGUGGUUCCCAGAGUCUUUUAAAUCUGUAGCAUCCAUUUAGGUGAGUGAGCCAGAAACCAAUAAUCAGUUUAUCCUGUAAUCUUCAGCGGAGAUGUGCUCUGUAUGAAGAUUAUACAUGGAAUUAGACUCACUGAUCUAUACAAAAACCUAUUCACAAACAUUACACAGUAAGCAAACAUUCAUGCUUGCUUUGAAAGCAUCUUCAUAACAGGUCUUUCAUGCUUUAAGUGUAAUUUAGAAAUGUGACUUGUGUUGGACUGAAUACACGAUGGGGGGCUAUAACUUCUAAUCCUUCAAACUUAAUGUCUCAACUAGAUCAGGAUCAUAAUGUGUCGCAUUCAAGUCACUCAAGUUAACUUUUUUUUUGUAGGUACCAUCUUAAGCCAUUAUAUUUUCCUAUGUUUAUGAUAGCCCAGCUAUUUAGAUUUUUGUAUAUUUUUUGCUCAUGUAAAAAUGCAAUCUUAGGCAUGGUCAUUUUACAGAAAAUAUUACAUAUGAUUUGCCUUUGUUGAAUGAACUUAACUGCACAAUCAUUUUAACCUCAUGUUAUUUUUAUAGUUUUAUGUGCAAGUUUAACAGUUUCAGAGCAGUGAGUCCAUGGGGCUGUGCUGUGAACGUAGAGCCUGGCUCUGUGAGAGCUUCUCAAACUCUAAUCCCCGUUUAGAGGAAAUGAGUAUCCCAGUUUUAUUUCCUAUGCGGUUCCCCAAAAUAGUACAGUAUUACAAAGCUAUAUUAGUCAUAUCAUCCACAGCUCAUGUGUGAAGCUACAAAUUCAUAAAGAAUGAAAAUGAUGCAAGACAAAAGCUGUGUUCACCCAACAGAACAGUCGACAUUUUUUGAUUUUUUUCAAAACAGCUGCGCUUCUGAAUAAGAAGAAAGUCAAGUUCAACAGAGCAAUAAGUCUGGUCAAAGGUCAAAUGUAGGCUUCAUUGAGAAUAUUAUGUUCAAGCCUCUGACCCUGUUUUUGUGUAAUUCAUUCAGUCCUUGCCUCAUUUUUCAUUUGGUCUUUGAAUGUUGGACAUUAUUACAAAGAUGGACAUAACUUUGUAAUCUGUACUGCCACAGUUAGAAAUGAGGUGGAGGGCAGGUCAAAAGUAAAUUGUAGAAUAUAUAUAUAAAUUAAGUACCUAGUAAGAAGUGUAUUUUAAAAUGAAUAGGAUUUUUUUGUAAAUACGCUAACGUGAAAUGUCUAUUUUAAAAUACAUGUUUUGUCAAUGUUUUUCAAGCUUUCAAUCUAUAUUUUAAAUAAGGGAUUUUACCAUGACUGCACACAGCUGUGGCCUAUUAAAAUGUAUAAACAUGGACCUUCCAAGCUUUUAUAUUUUCUACAACAGAAUUAAACUUUAUUUGUUAAAAUCA